UCAAAAAUGUACACUACAUUAUUUAUUUAGUUGACAUUAUAUUAUUGACUAAAUUAAAAGAAAUUAUAGCUUUCCUUCAUCGUCCUGCUUAGCUUCUCUCUCAGCUGAGACAUGGUGGAUCCGGGCUCGUUCAUUGUGAGCCUUUUAGGAGCAGCGAGUUCUGUAGUAACUAUUGCAGAUAUUAUAGAAAAGAGGGCACAGAACGGAAAUGCAGAAGCAGCCAAAGCACUUGCCGAUAUUAGUUCCAUGAUGGGCCCAGGAUCGUUUCCUGUGUUUGACGGGAGUGAGUAUGAAAUCUGGCGCAAUAUGAUGAGGGCUUUGCUUAUAUCCCAUGGUCUCUGGGACUUGGUGGAAAAUGGUUACAAAGCUAAGGCUUUUAAAAAAGAUGGGAAGAAGAAGGACGCCAUGGCUAUGAUGAUUAUCCUGCUGGGAGUUGACCAAUCAGUUCGUCGCUGCACUCUUAAUGCAAACAACUCAAAAGAAGCUUGGGAUGCAAUACAAAUCAAAUAUCAAGGUAUGACGGAUGAUCAGAUGGCCGAGUUCAAGGCGGCCUUCAGCCUAUUCGACAAGGACGGAGAUGGUUGCAUCAGUAGAAAAGAGCUUGGGACUAUGAUGAGGUCAUUGGGAGAGAAUCCCACCGAAGCUGAUCUACAGGAUAUGAUGAAUGAAGCGGAUGUUGAUGGCAAUGGAACCAUUGAAUUCUCAGAGUUUCUAAGUUUCAUGGCUGGGAAGAACUAGAAUUUGGAUAUAUGGGUUAAGCUAGUGAAAUGGAUUCCCAAGUCUUUCUAUUUUCCUAGUUUAUUGGAUGGUCCGAUGUUGAAUUAAUGUAAUUUUUUUCUAUUUUAAGGGCAUUGGAAUCUUUUCAUUCCCCAAAAAGAUUCAAGCCAAAAAAAUUUUAAUGUAUCUUGAAAAUUUUGUUAAUGUC